AAAAUGGGCAGUACUGGAAAAUUGAAAAUACAGAAACCCUAGUCCUACUUUUAUCAGCUCUCCUCUCGUCGUCUAUGCCGCUAUCGACUCUCAGCACAUUCCGUGCUGAGUUCAUUCUCUGUUCGUUCUCAGUGCUUACUUGAAUUUGUAAGAUGAGUAAGAAGAAAGUGCUGGUGUUCUUGGAUGUAUGUAUUGAUGGUGAUCCCUUUGAAAGGAUGGUUUUUGAGCUUUUCACUGAUGUUGCUCCAAAGACUGCAGAAAAUUUCCGUGCACUUUGUACAGGUGAAAAAGGAACCAGCCCCAAGACUGGAGCAACGUUGCACUACAAAGGAACCUUUUUCCACCAUAUUGUAAAGGGAUCCAUGGCUCAAGCUGGAGACUUGCUCAGGGAAGAUGGGAACUUUGGAGAAAGUAUAUAUGGUGGGAAGUUCCCAGGUUGAGGCUGAUUUGAUCUAAUUCUCAAGCAUGGGAGCUUCAAUGCUAUUGGACAUUUGUUUCCUCUCUUAUAAUGAUGAGUUACCAAAGCUGAAACAUGAUAGCCCUGGUCUUCUAUCUAUGGCGAUUGCUGAUCGUGAUAUACGUGGCUCUCUAUUCAUGGUCACUUUUAAUGCUCUUCAUCAUCUUGACAGGAAAUCAGUUGUAUUUGGCAAGCUUGUUCAUGGCCAUGAAGUCCUUAAGAAGAUUGAAAAUGUUGGAAAUGAAGUGGGGAAGCCAGAUGUUACUGUCAAGAUAGUAAACUCUGGUGAAUUACAUGAAGGUCGACAUAAAGGAAAACACAAAAAAACUUCAAAGGAGAGAAGGAGAAAAAGGAGACGCUAUUAUACUUCAGACUCGGAUAGUUCUACAGAUUCCGAAACAGAGUCUUCUGAGUCUGAUAGUGAUUCUGACUCAUACAUAUCCUCAUCAACUGACACCAGUUCAUCCAGUGAUGACAGACGUAGGAAGAGGAAGAGAUCUAAGAGGGAGAAGAAUAGACGUGGAAAAAGAAGGGAUAGGCGACGUGAAAGAAGGCGUAAGAAGCGUGAUAAGAAGCUAAAGCGCAGACCAAGAAAUUCCUCAGAUGAUAGUCUUUCUGAAGGUGAUAGCGGAAGUAGUUCUGAAGAAGGUGAUGCUAAAACUCACGAACCAGAUGGAAAGCAUACAAACCUGGGGAAGAUACCUGAUGGAAAUCAAUCUCAUCAUGUUGAAGAAAGGGAAGCUGUACCUGUACACCAGAUGAAAGGAGAGGCUAUGGGAUCCCGUGAAAGGGAAGAGGAUGAAUUCCCAAAAGAAAAUGGUGGGCAUAAAAACAAUGAUUUAAUGCAGAAUAAAUCUGAUAAGAGUCCAGUUAGACAACCUGAUGUGGUAGACAAUAGCCCAAGCAAAUCUAGGAGCAGAAGCCUGAGUCCUAAAAGGACCUUGAAUAAGAGCAUGAGCAUUAGUCCAAGGAGUUUUAGCAGGAACCAAAGUGAUAGCCCAAGACGCAGUGUAAGCAGGAGUGCAAGUGUCAAUGCAAGCCCACGUCGUGUCUCAGAUCGCAGUAGCAGCCCAGUGAAACGUGGAAACAGGAAUCCAACUAGAAGUGUCAGUGGAAGCCCUGCAACAGGCAAAAGAGGCAGAAGUGUUAGCGAGAGCCCUUCUCCCAUAACCAAUUUCCGUAAGGGCAGAAACCGAAGUCCUUCACCAAGAAGGCUUAACGGCAGCCCACCAAGAACCUCAUCUAAGAAAUCUUGGAAGUCAGCAAGUAGAAGUCCAGUUAGAUCUUCUAGGAUCCCAAGCAGAAGUCCUGUUAGGAGUUCUCGAAGGAGCCUGAGCAGAAGUCCUGUUAGAUCUUCUCGAAGGAGCAUGAGCAGAAGUCCUGUUAGAUCUUCUCGAAGGAGUGUGAGUAGAAGUCCUGUUAGAUCUUCUCGAAGGAGUGUGAGCAGAAGUCCUGUUAGAUCUUCUCGAAGGAGUGUGAGCAGAAGCCCUGUUAGAUCAUCUCGAAGGAGCGUGAGCAGAAGCCCUGUUAGAUCAUCUCGAAGGAGUGUGAGCAGAAGCCCUGUUAGAUCUUCUCGGAGGAGUGUGAGCAGAAGUUCAGGUAGGGUUCCUUCUAGAAGAGGUCCUAGUCGAAGCCCAGUUAGGGCACCUUACAGACGGAGCCUUCGUAGCCAUUCAAGAAGUCCCGGAAGUACAGGUCGCAGAGAGAGGUCACCAAUAUCUGAUCGUGGUAGGAGCUCUUCCAAAAGUCCUUCUGGUGAUGGAUCUCCUAAACGCAUAAGAAGGGGUAGAGGCUUCAGUGAGCAAUACUCAUUUGUUCGAAGAUAUAGGAGUCGAUCACCUGUGAGAUCAUACCGCUAUGGUCGCAGUGACCGUGACAGAUAUUCAAGUUACAGAAGGUCACCAAGGCGCUACAGGAGUCCACCAAGAGGAAGAACACCCCCUAGAUUCAGGAAUGGGAGAAGCAGGUCUCGUAGUAUAUCACGUAGCCCAAUACGUUACCGUGGCCGCCGUUAUAGCCGGAGUCCUAUUCGUAGUCGCUCUCCCACGGGGAGGUUCCGUGCUUCACCACGUCCACGUGUUGAGAGACGAAGGUCCCCUAGGAGCAGGAGCAGGAGCGUAUCAAAAUCAAGGUCAUCUAGUGGAUCACAGACACCUAGGCAGAAAAGCAAGGAAAAGUCAACAUCGCGCUCUAGGAGCCCCCCCGCAAAGGGUGGCUUGGUUUCUUAUGGAGAUGGCUCUCCUGACUCGAGUAGAGAUUAAAACGUAACAGGCCGAUGACAUUCCCAUCUUCGGGUACUUAUUAGUCUUUAUACUAAAGCAUUUCGAAUGUCAGAAUGUUGUUGAACUUGUUAAGUUGGUGUGGUUUAGUAACUUAUGUGCUAGAAUAAUUCAGAUACAUUAAUUAUGUUUGUAGUAAAUUAAAUGCAGCAGACUUUGAGGCUCUUAGGAAUUAUGAAAUUAAUGGGUAAAUUGUGGACCUCCCUAACUCCUGAGUUGUGUGGUA